AUGGAUAUUCAGGACAUAGUCGGAGGUACGACGGACAUCUCGUUGGAGGAGGAAGACCUGGGGGUUCGGUUCGAGGAUGAGCCCACCGGGAGUAUUGAUGCUACGGUGACGCACCAGACCUGGUCCAUUGUUGGCCGGUUCUUGACAGAUAGAGCCCUCAAGAUUGAGAUGAUGAAGAGGGUGCUGGCGAAUGCAUGGCGGCCGUUGAUGGGUAUUGAGGUUGCGGACGUGGAGGCGAACCUCUUUAUCUUCACUUUUUUUUUUUAUGAGGCGGACAUGAAGCGUGUCCUGGAGGAGGGGCUGUGGGCCUUUGAGAACGCAACGCUGAUCUGUCAGGCUUUGAACGCGGAUGAACACCCUACGCAGGUUGUCUUGAAUACCGUUAAUCUAUGGGUGCAAGUUUUUGACUUGCCGAUCGGCUACCGUACGGAGAGGGUGGGGGAUUUCAUGGGGGUCUAUUUACGGAUUGAUGACCGGAAUUUCGAGAGACCGUGGGCAACUUUUUAUAGGGUGAGGGUCAGGCAUGAUGUGGCUAAACCUUUGAAGCGCCGCAUGAAGAUGAUCCUUCGUGAUGGUACGUGGGCAUGGAUCAAUUUUAAAUAUGAGCGUCUGCACAUGUUUUGUUACUUUUGUGGUAAGAUGGGACACACGGACAAAUUUUGUUUGGACGCGAGGCGUUCAUCAUUGAAGCCGGAGCAGUUCUUGUAUGGUCCGGCUAUGAAAGCGGGAGGGCUAGGUCCGGCUAAGGUGUUUGGUGAUAGGUAG